CAAUGCCCUUCGGUCCAAAUGUCCGGCCCGCGGACCUGCGGGCAACAACAAAACACAAAGAACCAAAACGGGAUACAAGCCAAGCAACCAGCAAUAGUUUACCCAUGGAUGAAGAAAGUCCACGUUACAACGGGUAAGAUUGACAGUCUCCCAUCUCUCUCCAUAUCCUUUUGUGCAAGUUGUGUUCCAGUUCUCUUUCCACCCUACGAAUCCUUCUGUGAAAUAUUUAUGGGCUCUUUUGAAGGGGCCGCCAAUUACACCAGUCAUAAAUUUUUAUUGCUUAGGAAAUAGGCCGCUAGCUAUGUGGCCGGCUCACAGAGUUACUGAGUAGGCUACUUCACCGCUUCCACGACCAAAGCCUGCUGUAUUUACGAUUUCCUCUGAAUCGUGUUUACUUUUGAUUGGAGACAUAUUGUAAGAGUUUGACGUCUGUUUUGUUCAGUUUUAUUUAAUUAAAAAGUUAAGUACGAAAUUUCCCCUGAGAGAGGCAGAUACUUUGUAAACAGUGUUGCUUAGUUUUCUCACAUUAGUAUUUAUUUCUUUCAGUGAAUCCGGAUUACACAGGACCUGAGCCAAAACGGUCCCGGACAGCGUAUACAAGACAGCAGGUUUUGGAACUUGAAAAGGAAUUUCAUUUUAACAGGUCAGGGCGUCCACAAUGAGAAAGGCAUAAAGGAAAAAUUAAAACCCAAAUCAGCACAACAAACGGUCAGAAAGGAGUGGGCGGUUCCUUUCACGUGACAGGUCAAAAAGCACCAAUAAAAAGGAAAACAAAACUCAUGUCAUUGGAUUAGGGCAGACUGGCCCGCUCGGUUUGAAUCCCAUAAUGCAGAAAACCUCUUACUAUGAUAAUUCUGGACUUUUUGGAGGUUAUUCGUACCCCAAAUCUGAUUCUUUUAGCUAUGGUUCCAGUCACCAGCCUUACCCCUCAUCAAAUAUCGAAAAUGAUUUUCAGGGUCCAGUCUGCACAAUACAAACAUCAACAAUUCGACCCCCAAAUCAUAAAAGUGGUGACAUAAACGGCAGCUGCAUGAGAACUGGUAACAGCCAAGGCAACAGCCAGCCAGUAAACAUUGGUGAGCACCAGCAAGCACCUCCUCUGCCUGCCUCCUCACCGAACCCCAGCAGCGCUUCAACACAGAAAAAGAAGACAUCCCCCAACGGGGCGUCUAAUACUGCCACUCCUGUUAUUACAAAGCAAAUAUUCCCAUGGAUGAAGGAAUCCAGGCAGAACUCAAAGCAGAAAGGCAACAGCAACAGCUGCACUACUGCAGGCGACACCUGUGACGACAAAAGUCCACCAGGACCAGCCUCUAAGAGGGUCCGCACCGCCUACACCAGUGCUCAACUUGUUGAACUUGAAAAGGAAUUCCAUUUCAACCGUUAUCUCUGUCGUCCCCGCAGAGUGGAAAUGGCUAACCUAUUGAAUCUCACAGAGCGUCAAAUAAAGAUCUGGUUUCAGAACAGAAGGAUGAAGUACAAAAAGGACCAAAAAGCCAAGGGUGUUAUGCAUUCGCCCAUCGGCCAUUCACCGGACAGGAGUCCACCGUUAAGUGGUGCGAAUCACAUCGGAUAUUCCGCUCAGCUCCCUAACGUAAACAGUAUUAGCUACGACGCGCCCUCGCCUCCGUCUUUCGCCAAACCACAGCAAAACAUGUACGGCUUGGCUGCAUACACUGCACCAUUAGGUGGCUGCAUGCCGCAGCAGAAGAGGUACCCGGGCCCAGAAUAUGAACACCACACCAUGCAAGGCAACGGUGGCUUUGCCAACACCAAUUUACAAGGCAGCCCCGUGUACGUUGGAGGGAAUUUCGUUGAUUCAAUGCCAGCUUCUGGCCCCAUGUUCAACCUCGGCCAUCUCCCUCAUCCCUCAUCCGCCAGCGUGGACUACAGCUGUGCCGCUCAGAUUCCCGGCAGCCAUCAUCAUGGACCCUGUGACCCCCAUCCCACAUACACAGACCUUACGUCUCACCAUGCUUCUCAGGAAAUACACCUGACUUCGACUGAGGAGUGACAAGUAAUCUAUACAACAUUUAUGGUCUGUUGGACGAGCUUCUACACCGAUCGCAGCUUUAUUAUGCGCCUGUUAAAACUAGUUUCAUAACAGAAGGAUGAAACAGAGGAAGGCCGUGCCGCCUGUCUCUCUUUUCAAAGAACCCGGACUCAUCCUCAGAGCUCAAUUCCCUGUACUCCACCCUGCUUCCCCCUGUUCCUCUCAACCCUGUUCUCCCCACAGAAGUUAAUGAUGCGUUCAAAAUGAAAGAGUUAUAGCGUGAAUAUUUAUGGGAUGUCCUUGUUAAAGGUGGAAAAACAACAGUUGGUGGUGACGGGUGUGGUAUUCCACUUAUAUUCACGUUAUAAUCAAUUUUGAAUGAAAAGUAAAAUUACUGGCUUUUGUUUAUGUCUAGCAACCUCUGUAAGCGAUAAAGACAAUCACAACGGUAAUGACAGCGUGUUCCAGUAUGGUUGGUCAUAUUAAAUAAUUUAAUUGCUCAAAUUGUACUCCUGCAAUACACAAUAAAUCUGUUUUUGCCGACAUUGAUGUUGCACUCAAAGUAUUUCAGAUUGAAAACUCUAAGUAAAAAGUAGUGACAUACGCAUAAUGUUCCUCAAGUCAGGUCAAGCUUUCUUGUCAUAUCAGCCAUGUAGAAUACACAGUGAAACAAAGUAACACUCCUUCUGAAUCCAUGGUGUAACAUUUGUGACAGGACAGAGUUUGAAAUUAUUUUAUAUAGGUCACAAACUCCUGUACAAUUAUCAAUAAUUUUAGGUAAUGGGAGCCAAAGGGAAGACUACUACCUGUACUUUCUACAUAACACAACUAUUCACACUAGACCAAUUAACACUUGGAUUGUGCAAUCAUUCAAUUCAUGAAUUUUAAUUGCAGGGCUAUAAAUAGCUUAAAAAUAUCUUGCACUAGCCGAUAAUGCUUUUUGGCAACAAGGUGGUUAUCUUCUUCACACCUUUUUAAGUUGUAGGCCUAUGUAGUAACACACUAGGCCAGCAUUUUGCCAUGUAUUUUUUUGUAAGUCAGCAACAUUUUCUCUUGACAUUUGUCCUUUCGUCUAUGUAGGAAUUAUCCCUGCAGAUGUGUUAACGAAUAUAACCUAUUCAGCACAUUUUUCUUCUAGUAAUAAAUGAAUCUUGCAGAUGUAGGGAUGCAUAUUCAGACUUGCAGCAGGGAUCAAGCAAGAAUUAUUAAGGGGACCCCCUGCCCCAAUUUGCUAGAGGUAAACAUGAAAAGCCAUAGUAUCUGGUUUUCCUAGGUUAAACUCAAGACCUUGAUCUUGAUACUCAGUGUAUGACUUCAACAGAAACGCAAUCUUUCUACAAAAGAGAAGAGCAUCUUAAAGGAGAUAAGGGCAGAACUUAUGUGUAAUUCUUAAUUUCCCCGUGUGAAAAACUGAUGACAGCAAAAACCCAUCAUUUAGGCCAAAAUCACUAACAUAAUUACAGGUGACAUCAUCACUUACUGUACAGAAUUAGUCCGUCAUGAGAAUAUGUUCUGGCCUUAAUUUAUGUAAGCAGAUUUGAUUCUGCAGAUGCGGUAUUCAUCAGAUAUAAAAAAACAUGGACAAUUUUUUGGAAAAGGAUCUGUCAGGUCAAAAACUGUAUAAUAAAUUUUAUGGCCAAAGUAUUAUCACACAGAUUAAAAGGAAGAUUACAAUGACAGGAAAUACUGCUAAUGAAACGUUUAAUGACCUCUUUAUUUGGAUAAGGGUGGUGUGCCAUGCAUAUCUCUUAACAAGUGGUCUAUUUAAAGUCCCGGAAUGAUUUCUCUGCUAAUGUUCAGAUACAUUAUGACUUUAACAGCUCCAUGUAAGCACAUUUAUAAUGAGGAAACUAAAAAAAUAUGUUGGAUGUAAGUAUGGAAUUUAUUUAAUAUAAUUACAAAGAAUGUGUAUCA